GAAUCCGAAGCUUCCCAUCCGACAGAAAACGUCGCCAUUUCGCCUUUUGCGACCGGGCGUCUCCGCGAGAGAAAUCGCCCCCAAUCUUUUCUCUCCCUUCGGAUCCGUGGGUCAGCUGGACCGCCGCCCGGUUUCUCAGCCCCAGCUCACCGUAGAUUCGUCCGCCGCUAUUAAUCCCGUGGGCGAUCAGCUGAGGUUAUUCAGGUGUCAACUAAAAUGCAGUCAUACACAGAAGAUGCUCCCCUCAUUCAUAGCUCCCCUAGAACUUCAAAAAAAAGUAGGAAAAGGUCAUUUGAUGUUUCUGAUCGUGAUGCAAAGGAUGAUGGCAAGCAAUCUACUGAAAAUAUUUCAAAUCAUUUGGUGCUUUAUGACCCUGGUACAAGCGAUACAGGUCAUGAUUCUCUUGCACUUACUGAUGUCAUGGAGAAUCAUACUCCAACCUUCAGAAACUUCUUGUCAUCAAAUUAUUCUGGCCGUACUUUUCCAUCUAUUGGAACAUUCACCGUCCAGUGUGCUUCAUGCUUCAAAUGGAGGAUCAUUCCAACAAAAGAGAAAUAUGAACAAAUACGUGAAAACAUCUUGGAAGAUCCUUUUGUAUGUGAACAUGCUCGUGAGUGGCGUCCUGAUAUUUUAUGUGAAGACCCCGAAGACAUCUCUCAGGAUGGCAGUAGACUCUGGGCAAUUGAUAAACCAAACAUUGCUCAACCACCUCCUGGGUGGGAAAGAUUGCUUAGAAUCAGAGCUGAAGGAGGCACAAAAUUUGCAGAUGUGUAUUAUACUGCUCCAUCUGGGAAAAGAUUGCGGUCGAUGGUUGAGAUUCAAAGGUAUUUGCUCGAACACCCAGAGUAUGCCAGACAGGGGGUAACUCUUUCUAAGUUUUCAUUUCAGUCUCCUAGGUCUCUGCAAGAGAACUAUGUCAGGAAACGCCCUCCACGUGUGACAAACCCUUGUGAUGGUGAUAUGAUACUGCCAAGGACUCUUGAACCUGAAGAAGGUCGCAAAGGAACAACCUUAUCGUUGUACCAAGACUCGCCCUCUAGGUUAUCAUGCUUCACAGAUCUGUUCCUUGCUGCAGUGAAUCCCCUAUCUUGGGCAGCUCCUCUUAAAGAGCUUUUAAUUGGUGGACAAGCCUCAUCAAGUCCUUCUGAGAAAGAUCCAGUGUAUUCUCCUCAAAAGGAACCAACACCGGCUGGCGCUAUGUCUUCAUCAGAACAAGUGUGUGGAGGUUCCGCCUGUGAUCAGCCAAAGAUGAAGCUAGAAGAUGCUGAUCAUUCAAGAAAUGCAUCUUCUUUUGAGUUGUGAUACUUCGUUCUAAUUGUUAUUCUGAUUUCUUUCUCGGUUCAAUGUUAAGGGGAAUGAAGAAGCACAUUACAUGACAAUACACAGAUGCAGCACAAGGUUUUGGGAACAAAUACCAACAUCAACAUGUAUUAUGAUAUAUGAACAUAUUAAGAUUAGAUCACAUGACAGUCUUGAACAAUUAUCCUGGUGAUGAGUGAUGUUUCCCAGAAAAAAGAUGUUAAAUUUGUAACCUUAUAUGGGUUGUGAAUGUUUCUUCAUGAUCUUUGUAAGUUUUAGUAGACAAAGAGGUUUAUGUAUCAUGAAUUUUAAUAUAGCUAUUUACAAAAUGUGAAAUUAGUA